UCAACACAGAACAGCCACACAGCAAAAACUGCUAGUAGGAAAAGUAUCUGCACCCUGAACAACAAAGAGUAUCAGAGAGCAGAGACCAUGAAAAUCAUUCUAGUCUUUCUAUUCAUUGCCCCACUUGCUCAUUCAGCUACAGUUGAGAAGGAUUAUUCUUCCUUUGAUUCUGGUGCACCUCCUGAGACAAAAUCAAGAUUUGCCAUGUUAGACGAUGUACGAAUCUUAGCCAAUGGACUGCUCCAGCUUGGGCAUGGUCUUAAGGACUUUGUCCAUAAGACGAAGGGGCAGAUGAAUGACAUCUUUCAAAAACUUUACAUUUUUGAUAGGUCCUUUUAUGAGCUCUCACUGCAAACUAGUGAAAUCAAAGAAGAAGAAGAACAGCUCAGACAAACUACAGCCAGGCUGCAAAUCAACAAUGAAGAGAUAAAGAAUCUCUCACAGGAGAUGAACUCGAAGAUUGAAGACCUCAUACAAAACAAAAUUCAGCUGCAAGAGAAAGUAUGGGGUCUGGAAGACAAAGUCACUAAACUGACCAUUACCCAGCCUUCAAUGCAUGAGACAGAAGAAAUUUCUUCACUCAAAGCUUUCGUGGAGCAGCAGGACAACCACAUCAAGCAACUUCUCAAAAUUGUAGAGGACCAGCAUGUGCAACUCGACAGACAGCACAAUCAAAUUAUGGAGCUAGAAGACAAGCUAAAUCACAUAGAGCUCCACGAACUCACAGAGAACUCCUUCACAGGGGAGCAAACAGAACCAGAGGCCAGCCCCUUUCCUGUGCGCAACACCACAGCUGUAACAUACAAAUCUGAUGGUGCUGCUCCUGACUGCACUGCUCUUUAUAGCAGCGGCAUGCAGUCCAGUGGUGUUUACACUAUUAAGCCCAACGGCUCAGAAGCUUUUGAUGUCUACUGUGAAAUGAAAUUUGGCAGUUCUUGGACUGUAAUCCAGAACAGAGUGGAUGGAUCACUAGACUUCAACCAAACCUGGGAUGCCUAUGCAAAUGGUUUUGGUGAACUCAAUGAGGAAUUCUGGCUAGGCCUGAAUAAGACCUAUUCCAUUACUAAACAAGGGGACUACAUCUUACGGAUAGAGCUGCAGGACUGGAAACAUAAUAAACGUUACAUUGAGUACGCGUUCAUCUUGGGAGGCCCCGAAACAGACUACACUCUCCAGCUUUCACGGAUCUCUGGAAGCAUCCCCAAUGCACUGCCAGAGCAGACAGAACUGAGGUUCUCAACUGCAGACCAUGACAUGGACAUAAUAAAUGACUUCAACUGUCCAGAAAACUACCUAGGAGGCUGGUGGCACAGUGAAUGUGAGGAAACCAAUCUUAAUGGGAAAUACGUCGCACCAAGGUCAAGAGGAAGACUAGACAGAAGAAAAGGCUUAUACUGGAAGCCUAAGAAAGGAAGAUACUACUUGCUCAAGUCAACCAAAAUAAUGAUUCACCCAACAGAUUUAAAAAGUUUUGACUGAAUGCUCAACCUGAUGCAUUUUAAUUCAGAACGUAUACACUGAACAUUAAUACAUCACAGAAGUUUGUGUUAUGUUUAAUACAGAUGCAUGUCUAAAUCCAUACACUGUAUGGUGUAUCCUCCAACACAUAAACCCUGAGGCAUUUGUGAUGGUCUUACGGUAUGUUUGGUGAGUAUUCUCAUUCGCCCCAGCCCCAAUGUCAGUGUGCUGUAACUUAUGUGGAGCUUUUACCUCCCCAGGAUGAAACUCUAAUGCCUAGGAAUCAGAUGCCUACUCAUGUGUUAGAUAGUAUUGCCCGGGGGAAUGGGUUUUCAGGCUGUUGCGUUCUUUCUGGGUUGUGCAGUAGGGAACACGGAAAGUGUUUCUACUGAAACAAAGGGCUGGCAUAAUGCUACAGAAGACAUUUAGGUAUUAAUCUAUAGGGAAAAAAAGAAAUUUUGUUUCAUAAAAUAAUUAAUUUGAUGUUUGGUUCAUGUUAUUGUUGUGGAGCGUUUCUAUGAGCAAAUGAAAGAUGGGUAAUUCCCCAUUUUAGGGUUCUAUCUAUUUCCAGACAAAUUUUCAGCAGUGUAGCUCAGGCCAGUCUUCGCUGAAGCACUGUACUCAGCAGCUAUAGAUGUGCACACAUGCAUCAAGAAAGCCACACCACCAACCUAAUCUUUUAGAUACCACACUUUGAAGAAUAUCUUAAGAACUAUGCUUUCUUACUGAAAGUUACAAGCUAAGCUUCAAAGCUUACUGAAAUAAGAGAUCCCUUUGCAGCCUUUUAGUACACAUAAGAAAUUAAAUGAAAGAUAAGUGAGCACAUGACAAAACACCUUUCAAAUAGGUGCGGGCGGGGGGGCAGCUCCAAUAGAGUCAAUGGUACCAACCAACAAACCCUGUAGGAACAACCUGAAUGCAGUGUUGGUCCUGCUCCUGAGAACAUACAUUUGUUUAACUUCAGCUGUAGAAUACUAUAAGGCAGAAGGACUACUGAUAUGCUUGUGGAUGGCCAGCUGUGGAAGUGCUGACUGCCAAGGACCCCAUUUCUGCAGUUACAUUAAGUCAUAUUGACUUGUAUAUGCUACCUAACCCUUGUACAGUAUGGAUUUUUUACCCCAACAUUUGCAACCAUUCAGAAAAUGGUUUUAAGUUGUUCAUAGUUGGUUCACUCUGACAAAUUACAGAAUGUGCUAAUUACAAAAAAAACUGCAAAAAUACUUUCGUUCCUCAUGGAUUUAUUACAAAGAAGAGAUCACAGAGUGUUACUUAUUUCUACUGAUGUAUUGUAAUGUUUAAUUACCUGUCUAACCUCUAAAAAUAAAUUAAUAAAUCAAUGAAUCAAUAAAUAAAUACAUCUUUUGAAAAGGCAUGA